CGUUUGGGUCUGAGAGUUGGCUUAGGAAGGAAGGCAGCUGCAAUAGGCGAAAAUCUGGCGUUUCGCGUUUACCCAAGUAAAAUUUGAUACUCUUUCCAUUGGAUAGCUGCACUGAAUCAGGAAGGGUAUGGAAAGUCCCCUGGUUUCUUGUCAGCUGGGUGUAAACAAAAGUAACCACGGAGUGGGGCCUAUCCUCAAUCAAGUUCCUGAAUUGUGAGAGAAGUCACCAGUGAUCCUGAGAGGCCCAAAGGUGUGUCCCCCAGAGUGGGUCUACUCUAACUAAGAAAGCGAAAGCUCACGGAGGCCUGAGAAGCCCUUUUCCCCUGUCUGGAAGCCGCUGCCCCGCGAAGCUGCUGCCCCGCAGGGUGGAAAGCCCUAGACCUCAGCUUCCCCAAACCGUUGGAGGUGCAGGGCGGUGAAGACGCAGAAGCUUCCAGGCCUGUCCACGGCGCCCCCGGCAGUAGGAGGCCCAUGGAGAAGUUUCGGUCGGUGCUAGACCUGCACCUCAAGCAUCACAGCGCGCUGGGCUACGGCCUGGUGACCCUCCUGACGGCGGGCGGGGAGCGCGUGUUCUCCGCCGCGGUGUUCCAGUGUCCCUGCAGCGCCACCUGGAACCUGCCCUACGGCCUGGUCUUCCUGCUGGUGCCCGCGCUGGCGCUCUUCCUGCUGGGCUACGUGCUGAACGCGCGCACCUGGCGCCUGCUGACCGGCUGCUGCGCGCGCGGCGCCCGCUCGAGGAGCUGCGGCGCGGCGCUGCGGGACGCCGUGGUGUGCGCGCAGCUCAGCGCUGCCGCGGUCGCGCCGCUCACCUGGGUGUCCGUGGCGCUGCUCGGGGGCGCCUUCUACGAGUGCGCCGCCACCGGGACCGGCCCCCUGGCGCGGCGCCUGUGUCGGGGCCGCGACCCCACCUGCGAGGCCCAGCUGCCGCUGGCACCUUGCGGCCUGGCCCAGGCGUCCGACGCGCAGGCCUUGCUGAAGGAGCUCAAGGCGCAGUCGCAGGUGCUGGGCUGGAUCCUGAUAGCAGUCGUCAUCAUUUUCCUUCUGAUUUUUACGUCUGUCUCCCAAUGCCUAUCUCCCGUGAGUUUCCUGCAGCUGAAAUUCUGGAAAAUCUAUUUGGAACAGGAGCAGCAGAUCCUUAAAACUCAGGCCACAGAGCAUGCAACAGAAUUGGCAAAAGAGAAUAUUAAAUGUUUCUUUGAGGGCUCACAUCCAAAGGAACACAACACCCCCACCAUUAAAGACUGGCAGCAAAUUUCAUCAGUAUACACUUUCAAUCCAAAGGAGCAGUACUACAGUAUGUUGCAUAAAUAUGUUAACAGGAAAGAGAAGAGUCAUAGUAUCAGAUCUAACGAAGGAGAUACAGUGAUUCCUGUUCUUGGCUUUGUGGAUACACCUGGCAUGAACAUUACUCCUGAGUUAUGUCCUUAUUAAUGAAUAUGGGGAAAGGUCUUUUGAGUUUUCACUUCAUUAGAAAAAAAAAGAACUUUGGUGUUGUUUAUGACUGCUCCUUUUUUGAUUUAUCAAAUUGUGGAAACAAUUGUAAAUCAAAUAAAAAAUUUAGAAC